AUGCAAGAGUUUGAAAGGUUUGCAGAAGCUGAGGAGUACGGUAGUCCACUUGAGUACGGUAGAUCUUACGAAGAAGAGGACGAGCUAUAUGGCUACUUGAGCAUGGGACAGCCCUCCAAGAUUGGCAUGGGCGCCAUUGAAGACGAUAUUUUCUCUCUAGAUCAGGACGGCUUUGUCACCAAUGUUACACCCGCCGUUAGUAAUACGGCUGCGACUAGCGGAAAUAUUAAACCAAGACUGAUACACAUUACUAAUGGGUGCGAAAUACAGUCGAACAUAGAAUUUGCGAACGCCGCGCAGGACAAUUACAGGUUGUGGUUAACGCGCGUUUAA